GUAAUAUUGAAUACAUUUAUAUAGUGUAAAAUAUUUUACUAUAAAUAGGUAAGGAUUAUUAAGCAGCAGAUAGAGAGUGAGUUGAGAAUGAGCAACAUCGCUGGAAAGGUGGUGUGUGUGACCGGUGCUUCUGGUUAUAUCGCUUCAUGGCUCGUCAAAUUGCUUCUCCAUCGUGGUUAUACUGUCAAGGCCACCGUUCGCGAUCCAAAUGAUCCGAAAAAGAUCGACCACUUGCUCAAACUUGAUGGUGCUAAAGAGAGAUUGAAAGUGUUUAAGGCAAAUCUACUUGAAGAAGGUUCGUUUGAUUCUGUUGUUGAAGGCUGUUAUGGUGUAUUUCAUACUGCAUCUCCCUUCUUUCAUGAUGUCAAGGACCCUCAGGCUGAAUUAAUUGAUCCUGCUGUGAAAGGAACCCUGAAUGUUCUGAAAUCGUGUGUAAAAUCGCCAUCUCUUAAACGUGUUGUUUUAACCUCUUCAAUUGCUGCCGUUGCAUACAAUGGAAAGCCUCGAACUCCUGAUGUAGUAGUCGAUGAGACUUGGUUCACUGAUCCUGAUUUCUGUGCUCAAUCAAAUUUAUGGUAUGUGGUGUCAAAGACAUUGGCUGAAGAUGCUGCCUGGAAAUUUGUAAGAGAAAAUAACAUUGACAUGGUUACUAUUAACCCAGCAAUGGUCAUAGGGCCUCUCUUGCAACCAGUCCUAAACACAAGUGCUGCUGCAAUUUUAAACUUGGUUAAUGGUGCACAAACAUUUGCAAAUGCUAGUUUUGGAUGGGUCAAUGUUAAAGAUGUUGCAAAUGCUCAUAUUCAGGCAUAUGAAAAUGCUUCAGCUAGUGGAAGAUAUUGUUUGGUUGAGAGAGUAGUGCACCACUCAGAAAUUGUUAAGAUUUUACGUCAACAUUACCCUUCGUUACAACUCCCAGAGAAGUGUGCCGACGAUAAGCCUUAUGUGCCUACCUAUCAGGUUUCCAAAGAAAAGGCAAAGAGCUUGGGAAUUGAAUUUACUCCUUUGGAAGUGAGCCUCAAGGAGACUGUGGAAAGUUUGAAAGAAAAGAAGUUCACCAACUUUUAAUUUGUGAUAUCUCCUUGAAGAGCAAACGUUUGUAUGACCUAAAUCUUGUUUAGUUGGUGACUUGGUUUCUGAAGCCUUUGCUUUGUGAACAAAUUUACUAUCUAUGAAAUAAUGUUCAAUUCAAAUCAAAACUGAACUAAGUACUGAAAUAAGUAAUUAAUUCAUGGUAUGGUUCGUA